AUGCUGAUGGAAAGUGACAUGGUUACAUUGGCAGGAGGAGGAAAUGCUGAAGAUGAUUCAGAAAAGGCGGAGGAGGAGGCAGACGGGCAAGAGCUGCGGCCGCGCGGCCGGGAGAAGGGGCGCCGGGGCGGCGCGCGGGACCGGCCUGACCUCCCUGUCCUGCUCACCAGGGACAUCCGCGAAGGCGAGACGCUCAACGCCAUCGCGCUGCAGUACUGCUGCUCGGUUGCAGACAUCAAGAGGGUUAACAAUCUUAUCACUGACCAGGAUUUUUUUGCACUGAGGUCUAUCAAAAUUCCAGUGAAGAAGUUCAGUGUACUAACCGAAAUGCAUUGUUCUCCAAAAGGCAGGCAACUUUUGCGACCUGCAUCCUCUUCUCAAUAUUGCCCAGAAAUUCAAGAAACAUCACCAACUUCUGAUGCAUUCUCCUCUAAUGAGACUGUUGGCAAUUUCUUGAAAGAAGUAGACAGAGAUAUAGAACAAAUAGUAAAGUGUAAUGAUACAAAAAGAGAGAACCUUAAUGAAGUUGUUUCUGCCUUAUCAACGCAACAGAUCUGCUUUGAACCUGAUGGCAAAAACAAAAAGUGCAAAGAUCCCUACUAUGGAGCAGACUGGGGCAUAGGCUGGUGGACAGCUGUAGUGAUUAUGUUGGUGAUUGGAAUAGUAACUCCAGUUUUUUAUCUCUUAUAUUAUGAGGUUCUAAUGAAAGUGGAUGUUAGUCACCAUUCUACAAUGGAAUCAUCUCAUUCACUAGUCACAUCGCCAUCACAUCAGAAACAAAUUGGAAAUGGAAUAAACCCAGCAAAUAUCAUGAAAGUUGAAAGUGAAGAGGAGAUUCAGCAUUAUAAUCAAAAGCACCAGGCAACUGUUGUUCAUAGACGUAUCACGUAAUAUUCAGAUGGAGCAAAACCUAGAAUACAAAAUACAUCUGGAACGUAGAUAACACGUUUUAUGAUGUACACUUUCACUUAAUGGGCAGUAUUAAAAUAAGGGAAGCAAAGCAUCCUUGAAUUUAACGAAGAGUUUUGGGCACCUUCUGUCUUUGGUUAUGAGAGAAUGCUUCUGUGGGUCAUUUAAAUUGUCAGACGUACAUUUCCAGGUCUAAUGUGAGAUUGCGUGUGUGUGUGUGUGUAAACAGGACACAUCUUUGAAAAUCUUUGCACAUUUGUUUCUAUUUAUGUCAUUGUCUUAUUUAAAUUAAUGAUUGCUCUUUAAAGUGAAGUAAAAAAUGCAGGUUUCAUUGACAUAAGAAAAAAUUGACUAUAUCAUUUACAUCCUAAAGCUGUGUACCUUGAAAUGUUUAAUUUCCAGAAAGUGUUUCAUACUCCAGUUAUGUUACUUAGCCAUACACAAUACAAUCAAUACUUAAAUAAGAAUUCUACAGCUAUUAAAUGAAGAUGCACCCUACUUGUUUUAUUCACAACAUACACCAAAGAAUAAGUUGUUUCAUGUGGGGGCUAGUGCAUGGAACUAACUGAAAUAUUCUUAAAAUAAAAAAAAUCUUUUUUACAUUGUUGUAAAACCUCCUAGAGGAAAAAUGAAGGCAAUGAGGAAAGGUUGAAAGAACUAAGAUCACUUAAUCUGGAAAAAAGAAGAUGGAGAGGAAAUUUUUGCAAUAGGCUUCAAGUACCUAAAGCAUGAUUAUGGAGACUGAAGACUAAGACUUUCCUCUGCAGCUGUAGGAGACAGGGCUAGGAACAAUGGCCUCAGACUGCAACAGGGAAGACUGCUGAGGUUGGACACUAGGAAAAACUUUUCAAUACAAGGUGACUAUGCAUUGGAACAGCCUACCCAAGAGAGGUUGUGUAAUAGCCAUCCUUGGUUACACAGACACUUGACUAGGAUGGUUAGAGGAAUCCUGUCUUGAGCUAGGGACUGGACUAGAUGGCCCCCUGAGGUCCCUUCUAGCACUACUUUCAUGUAUUCUUUGGGGCCUUUGUGGUGAGGGAAUUAAUUUGCCAAGAUGUAUUUAAAAAGAUAUACUGAAAUUCAGGUAAGUACUAUGUGUUUAUAACCUACUAUUCUGUAUGCUGGAAGACAUUUUCUGACAACAUGAUGAUUACUGCCUUUUAGAACAUACAUGAAAUGGUGAAAUUGCAGGGAUAGAGUUUUAAAAGUAAUUAGUUAAGGAAUGAUUGUGAGAAAGCUAAGACAUUUAAGUUAUCUUGAAUCACUUGUAUUAGAGUAAAAAUGUAUUUCUAUACAAAUAGGAACCACUAUCCAAUUUUGGAUUUCUAAUUCUGUGCACACGGUCUACUCUUUCUUAUGUAUUAAUUUUGUACGUGCUUGAUAGGCCAGCUUGAGGUCAUUUGUUUCAUAUAAAGUGGGUAUGUUUUGAUGCCUAAAUACAAUCCAGUGAGAUUUUUGUACAUCAAGUUACUGCUCUGUAUAGUAAUUCGCUGCUUGAAAAUUUUAACAGCUAAAAAUUGGUUAAGCAAGCCUAUGUGCCUUUUUCUGGUCUACUGGUAUGGCAGAACAAUCCAAGGCAUUUGGUACUUGCCUUGACAGUUCCUUUAGAAUCCUUUUUAUAUUAAGGAAAUAUUCCCUUCUAGUUGCAUCUUAAAUUGUGGAAGGAACUGUCUUUCCUCGAAGUGAUCUCAGGCAGCUUCUAUCUUCGUGUUUAUGAGUGGAUGCUUAUGGUAGCACAUACAUGGGCCUCAGAGAAACAAAGCUACUUUUUCUGCUAAUUUCUAAAAUAUUUCAAAAGAAGCUGCACAGAAGCUGGCCUAGAAAUUUGCUUUGCAGCCACUGUUCUGCUCUGAAAUAUCUGCCCCUAGAGAGAGGCAGGUUUCUAAACUGUAGAACUUUUUUGUUGUUGUUGUUUUUUUAAAGUUGCAUCUAACAAAAGGAGAAAUGACAAGUUUUGUCUGUUGCCCUUUUGUUUAAAUAUGGGAGGGAUGGUGCUUAUGUAUUAUUAUUAAAUAUGAAUUAGGAUAGUGCCUAUGACAUGCUAUUUCUCAUAUCAACAUGUUUAUUGUAAUGUUCUGCUUAUAAUUAUUUGGCUGUACAAAUAAACUGCUGAGAUUAAAUGAAAAUAGACUUUUGACCAAAAAAAAGUUUGCAGACUGGGAAGGAGUGGAAUAUACUUCACUGUUUCCUAAUAUGCUUAAACAGUAUCCACCCAAGUGUAUGGUGUAAACAAGUAAUUCUGAGAAAUGAAAGUAGUACACCAUGAGCUCUUCCUCGAUCUAAAAUUCUGAUGCAAGGUUUUUAAGGAUGGCAAAAAUAAUUUCUUAAUUGGGCUAACACUAGCUGCCUGUGCUGUACAGUGCUUUUAAAUGUAAGCUUGUGACAAUUACAGAAAUGUGCAUGUUGAGACUAGAAUAGCUUAAAACUUGAGGGCAGAUAGAAAUACGCUUGCAUUCUGUGAAAUGUUUUGGGGCAAGCUGGGAGUGGUGAAUCUUGAUGAAGCAACAUGAAAACAGGGGUUUCUGAACUGUGGUACAUGAGUUUGAUAUUCCAUUUGUUCACUCCAUGAUCUUUAAAUAUUGUGUGUGACCUAAUAAAAUUAGACUGCCACUACCAUAAGAAAAUAAAGUAGUAAUACAAGCAGAAAUUACCUAAUGCUACCUCUAAAGAUUUUUUUUUUUUUUUUUUUUUUUUUUUUUUUUUAAUGCUACUAAAAGAUUUUCAGGGCAGUCAUUAGGAAGUGCCCAAAGAAUUUACCCAUGAUGAUAAUUAGAUUGUGUUGCAGUUUGCACAGUAUUACAUACUGAGAAACCUUAUUCACUUGUAUCUCAGACUUGGCUAAUUAUGUGGUUUUGGGGAAGGGGGUUUAUGAUACCUGUAACAUAUCACAAAUCAUUCUAAGAGAACUUGUGGAGCAUUAUAUUGUAUGGGAAAAUGUUCUUGGUAGUAAUUCCAAAGUAUUCACUGGAUAAAUACUUAAAGUAAUUUUUCUUUAAGCCACACUAUACUCACCUGACCUUUGUUACAGCAAUUUUUUUGAAGAGUAGAAAAUAAGUUUUAACAAGUCUUAUAUAUGACAUUUACACUAGUAUUAGAAAGGAGUCAUCUAUGUACGUUUUUAAUUUGCUCUUUUGUAGGUGGUCUCAUUCUGUACAACUGUAUUAUUGUUUUCCAGCUACUACAUGAUCAACAAUGCAGCAUCUUUGGUUAGUUAUACCACUAAACAUUAAUCUGAUUGCACUCUAUAGAACAGAUUUCCACAUAACUGAAUGAUUUGAGUGCUGUGGUAAAAUUAGUUUUGUAAAAGUUUUAUAGAAAGACUUAUGAGAGAUGGUGUACUUGAGUGGCAAAUCAUGCUUUAAACUAGUCGAUACAAUAUGCUGCUGCUGCUCACAAAGUCAGUUUUUAAUCUAAGUGCAUAUUGCACUGUUGGGAUCAUGUAAACUUUUAUUUAAGUCUGCUAUAUUUUGGAAUACCUUGCCACAAGUGGUCUUCAUAUAACAAAAACAUAUUUGAUACAGGCUUAAUAUGUAAGUAUUUCUAGAAAAAUCCUGGAUUGAAGAUGCAAAUCUCUUAUAUAAAAAAAAGUCUGCUUUUAAUUGCUUCAUAUUUUAGAAGAGUUUCUGAGUACUCUUAAAAAAAAAAAAAUAAAAACUUUUUUU